AUGGGAGACGUUCUUGUGGAUGUCGAGCCUAUCCUAGACGAAUACAGCUGCGAGAAGAAAGGAUAUGAUAGCAGAGGCUCUGUGGAUGGGUUGACAGUCAACAAGUAUGCGGUUGCGAAGAAAGAAUUUACCUAUGAACGCUGCCGACAUCAGAUGGCACAGAAUACGAGUUCUACGGAGAAAUCGCAUUUUACCACCUUCUUCCAGGCCUACAUAGUAUACCAGACAGAGGUGGGGAGACUCUUCGAGAGAGACGAUGACAAAACAAAGAACGAAAAUGCAAAAAGAUUGCAAGGGAAAACUCAUCAGCAAGCACUGCCAAGGUCCAUGAACCAUCGAGAACCUCAACGCAAUCAACUAAAUAAUUGGAGAAUGACAGUCGUUCUAUCUGGGAAAUCUCGGUUUUUGAUGCGUUCCAGGUCCCAAACCCUCCUCCUUGCUGCUUUUAAAAAACGCAAUGCAACGUCUGAGAUUGGCACAACGGGGAGAGGAGACCGGAACAUUCGUGUGUAUGAGUUCCAAGUUGUGGAAUUCGCGCCGUGCAGGCACAGUACAAACAACACGCAAUUUCGAGCUGUGUCUGUAACGGGGAGCCAUGUUUGGCUCACCAAGCAGCGGAGCGGGAGGCAUAUUUCCAUCAUAAAUCGGUCAUAUGCCAACUUCAGCGGGGAUGGGCUGGAUGAUGGCAAAGCUGGAGGGUUUGUUGGGGAUUCGUCGAUUGUAGAUCUGAUGGGAUAUCGGAUUGUGGAGACGAAGUUAUUGUGGCGGAAAUUGAUCCUGCUAUGA